AUGACGUCAGUUCCCAGGUCGCCGAGCAGAGAAACAAACAUGGCGACAGAAUGGAGUGGACAGCAGGGUUAUAUUCUCACCGUGGUUAUCUGCCUGUGGAGCGCCGUGGGUGGUCGGACAGAGACGGUGGCAGCGGCAGCGGCAGCAGCGGCCGGGCCCGGCGUCAGCAGUGGAAGGGGAGGCGGCGGGAGCGGGAGCCAGGUGCUGGGCAUGCGGCUGGAGAGGAGCAACAAGCCGGCCAGCACCACUGACGACGGUGUCAUCCAGGUGACUGAGGAGAGCUCCGUGCAGCUCCGGUUUUACGGGGUGCAGCUACACUCGGGCGCCUGGACGCAGAUCCGUUUUACGGAGGUCAUGGAUGGUGGCGGGGGGGACGAGGAGGAGGAUGAGGAUGAGGCUGUAGCGGCUGCCAGGGGUGGCAGCGGCAUGAUAGACGCACUCGAUAGAACUUGUGCCGAUUUCACGAAGGACAUCAGUGUCGGGACCUUCAUGAAUGUGAGCAGCCGGGGCACAUCGGGGCUGCUCAGCGUGCACAUUAAGCCGCUGCGCAAGAGCGAGCCGCAGAAAGAGUAUGCUUUGUGCACGCAGAGCGCGGACGGCAGGUGGGUGCUGCUGGGAGACAGCGAUGGCAGGGUCCUGGUGGUGGAAGAGAAGAAGUCGCUGCUGCCCGUGUGGCUGCAGGUCAUCAUCGUCUCGUGCCUACUGGUUCUCUCGGGGAUGUUCAGCGGCUUGAACCUGGGGCUCAUGGCGCUGGACCCUAUGGAGCUGCGAAUCGUGCAAAGCUGCGGCACCGAGAAGGAGAAGAAAUACGCGAGAAAAAUCGAACCGAUCCGCAGCAAAGGGAACUAUCUCCUCUGCUCACUUCUUCUGGGGAACGUAUUGGUGAACACCACCCUCACCAUCCUCUUGGAUGACCUCAUUGGGUCAGGUCUGGGCGCAGUGGUCGCCUCCACCAUUGGCAUCGUAAUAUUUGGGGAGAUCGUCCCCCAGGCGCUGUGCUCCCGCCACGGGCUGGCCGUGGGAGCCAACACCAUCCUGCUCACCAAGUUCUUCAUGUUCCUCACCUUUCCCCUGUCCUUCCCUGUCAGCAAGCUGCUGGAUUUCCUGCUGGGCCAGGAGAUCGGCACCGUGUACAACAGGGAGAAGCUGGUGGAGAUGCUCAAAGUGACGGAGCCUUACAACGACCUGGUCAAAGAGGAGCUCAACAUGAUCCAGGGAGCCCUGGAGCUCAGGACCAAAACUGUGGAGGACGUGAUGACCCCCUUAGGAAAUUGCUUUAUGAUCCAGGCGGAUGCGGUGCUGGACUUCAACACCAUGUCAGAGAUCAUGGAGAGUGGAUACACACGCAUACCCGUGUACGACGAGGAGCGGUCCAAUAUCGUGGACAUCCUGUAUGUGAAGGACCUGGCCUUUGUGGACCCAGACGACUGCACCAACCUGAAGACCAUCACCAAGUUUUAUAAUCACCCGGUGCACUUUGUGUUUCAUGACACGAAGCUGGACGCCAUGCUGGAGGAGUUCAAGAAAGGUAAAUCCCACUUGGCCAUUGUCCAGAAGGUGAACAACGAGGGGGAGGGAGAUCCUUUCUACGAGGUGCUGGGAUUGGUCACCUUGGAGGACGUCAUUGAGGAGAUCAUCAAGUCGGAGAUCCUGGAUGAAUCUGACCUCUACACUGACAACAGAAACAGGAAGAAGGUAGACCCCAACAAAAAUAAGCGAGAUUUCUCAGCCUUCAAGCAAGAUGGGGACAGUAAGGUGAAGAUCUCUCCUCAGCUCCUACUGGCAGCUCAUCGUUUCCUGGCCACAGAGGUGAGUCUAUUCAGCCCAUUCCAGAUCACAGAAAAAGUCCUACUGAGGAUCCUCAAACAUCCGGAUGUCAUCCAGGAACUAAAGUUCAACGAAAAUGACAAACGCUCGCCACAGCACUUCCUCUAUCAGAGGGGCAAACCUGUCGACUACUUCAUACUCAUUCUGCAGGGACGGGUGGAGGUUGAAGCCGGAAAUGAGAACAUGAAGUUUGAAACUGGCCCGUUCUCCUACUAUGGAGUCAUGGCUCUAAGCACACCAUUGAUGGCUGUCACCCCUCCUCUCUCCCCAUCAGUGGCCUCCCCCCCUCCGCGACGUCUCUCACUUAAGAGAUUUUCUCUGUUCUCUCGUUUCCCAGAGUUCCGUUCUCCAUCACACGGGGGCAACCUCAACCGCUCGGCAUCUCUGAGCUGCACUGAACGCGCUCCAGAGAGCGGCUCUGUCUGUGGAAGCAACACUCAGAUCCCAGGCACCCCCUUCCCGUACAUACCAGACUUCUGUGUCCGAGCUCUUUCAGACCUUCAGUUUGUCAAGAUCACUCGAAACCAGUACCAGAAUGGCCUGCUGGCAUCCAGGCUGGACAGCACGCCACAGUCUCCAGAGGGUAGUCACACACGCCUGGACACAUCUGUUUCUUUGCCCCCCGUGACACCUCCAGGGCCACAUACCCCACUGCCGUUGGCCACGCCUCCUGUGAAGCGCCCCCCGUCUAAUUCUCAGUUAACGCCUCCAUGUGACCGCACCGCUCUGCCCCAAACCACCUCUUCAUCCUCCAGCCGAAGGCCAAGCCAGUCUUUGCCCCAGGCCCCUCCCACUCUGAGUAACCACACCCCCAUCUCCCAAAGUCCUCUUUCCUCCAUGAGCACAGUGUUAUGUGCUGUGAACCCCAAUCCAACUCUGAGCUCCUCCCUUUCCUCCAAGUCUCGGCUGUCUCCACCCUCUCCCGGCCCAGAGAACGGGCCUGGAGAGACUACAUCUCUGCUCAGUGAGCAGCAGAACUAUGGGCCCCCACCGGCCCAGUCACCCCCACCCACAUGUUCACACAAUCAGUCAUGCACAUACUGAAAGCACCAUCUAACUUAAGUCCCUCUGGGAUGACUAAACUACCUGUGCACUCACUCACUCACGUAAGACGACACACUGGCAUUAAUUCUGUUUCCUGUAUGCUUGUUGUCACCUGACCUUUCCUUUCUGCAAGAAGCUGAGGAGACCAACAGAGUCUGUGAGACCAACAGACUUCCUCCUUUGGCUUUUCCUGCAUGCUUCCCUCCCAUCACUGAUAAAAGACCAAGAACGGAAUACAAAGAGGGAACAAGGAACACUAGUGAGUAUGGUUAAAAAGGCAGGGCUCUGUGUGUGAUUC